UCAAGCUCUGAUCCACCAGCUGCCUUUCUUUUGAAGGCCUGUGGUACCAUUCUACUCAUAUGGUUUUCUGACUGUGCCUUUAAGUGGGGUGGGCUCAGAAGGAUGCAAAAGAAGACGGCAUCGGCCACUUUCAGUUUCUAUAAGCUCACAGGGAACAUUGCACAAUGGUUGCUCAUGGCUGGAUGAAGGAUCUAUUUAAUUAUGACUCCCCAAAACUGAUCCGUUUUCCCAGUGUUGGAUGUGUAUGUGUGAAGUGGUUCAUUUAUGGAGUUAUUGCUGUGUAUAUUUGUUAUACACUCAUUGUUCACAAGCGCUACCAAGAGAAAGAGGAACUCACCAGCUCAGUUCGCAUUAACCUGAAAGGAGUGGCUCAUGCAGACAGGAUCUGGGAUGCAGCAGAAUACACCAUACCAACACAGACAAGAGACUCUUUUUUUGUGAUGACCAACGUCAUUCGGACAGAGAAUCAGAUUCAACAGACUUGCCCUGAGUAUCCCAUCGCCAAAGCUAUCUGCUCUUCAGAUAAGUCCUGUGAAAAAGGGAUUGUAAAUGUCCACAGUAAUGGAAUUCAAACUGGAAGAUGUGUGCGCUAUAAUGCAACUUACAAAACGUGUGAGAUCAAGGCAUGGUGCCCUGUUCAAAUGGAAGAAAGCCCCCCCAUGCCAGCUGUUCUGAGGAGUUCUGAAGAUUUCACAGUGCUUAUAAAGAACAACAUUCACUUCCCCACAUUUAAUUACACCGUACAAAACAUUUCACCCAAAUUGAAUACUUCCUGCAAAUUCAACAAGGUAACUGACCCACUCUGUCCAAUAUUCCGCCUGGGAGAUAUCCUUCAGGAAGCAAAAGAGAAUUUCUCUGAGGUGGCAGUCAAGGGAGGAAUCAUUGCCAUUGAGAUUAAGUGGGACUGUGACUUAGACAGGUGGUCCUACUACUGCAGUCCAGAGUACAGCUUCCGCCGCCUGGAUGACAAAACAAGAACCCAAUACCCUGGAUUCAGCUUCAGGUUUGCAAGGCACUAUAAGCUACCAGAUGGGACAGAGCAGAGAACCCUUUUCAAAGCCUAUGGAAUACGGUUUGAUGUCCUUGUGUUUGGCAUGGGUGGACAAUUUAAACUCAUCGAACUCUUUACCUUCAUUGGGUCCACGAUCGCCUAUUUUGGCUUGGCUGUGACCGCUAUAGAAAUGUGUUUUCAGUUUUACAAUUGCUCCAGCUGCUGCAAAAUACCAUUCUGUGAAAAUGUAAUCAGGAAGAAGUAUGAGACUGUGCUGAUGCCAGAACAGGUGAUGUUUGUGUCCUAUGUCGAUAAGCCACAUAUUACUUUGAUAAAGAUGCCUCUGGAAACAAGCUUGCAGAAUGCUGAGGGCAGCAGUUUCGAGAACCACCCUGUGAAAUUCUACGAUCCUCGCACCUGCUGCACCCAUGAGAACGAGAACCACAGCACUGCACAGUCCGAGCUCAGGCUGCUCACACAAAGCAUCUCUUCUGCACACUGCCCUGAGUGGUGCUGCUGUGGCCAAUGCCAGGUGACACAGAAGUACCACGAGCAGCUCUGCUGCCGGAAAAAAGGAGGGCAGUGUAUCACAACCACCUAUUGGUUUACACAGCUGGUGUUGUCCAGAGACACUCUGAAUAAAGCCCUUCUCUAUGAAGACCCCUUUCUGGACCUGACAGGUCACAGGUCCAACAGCCAGCUGCGUCGCAUUGCUUACAAGCAGUUCAUUCACUGGCGCUUCGGCUCUUUUGAGCUGGAGGACAGAGCCAUCAUCCCGAGCUGCUGCAGGAGGCUGAUUAGAAAUACUUAUCCCAAAGCAAACGGCAACUAUACUGGUUUUAAUUUGGAAUGCUGCCCUGCCGCUCCAGCCGGGCAGAGGGCAGCGCCGGGGCGGGCACUGAGCCGGGCAGCACCCGAGCGCUCCGCCACGAGCAGCGGGGCUGCGGAGCGCGGCUGGGGAAUCCCGGCUCUCCCGCUGCCCUGUCUGUCUGUCUGUCUGUCUGGGCGGCGGUCGGUGCUGCUGCUCCGCUGCCCGCCCUCCCCGGUCGCCGCCAUGGCUGCGUGCUGCGGGGCUGUGCGCGGCUUCCUCUUCGAAUACGACACCCCCCGCAUCGUGCUGAUCCGCAGCCGCAAAGUCGGGCUGAUCAACCGCGCCGUGCAGCUCGCCAUCCUCGCCUACGUGAUCGGCUGGGUCUUUCUGUGGGAGAAGGGCUACCAGGAAACAGAUUCUGUGGUCAGUUCUGUAACCACGAAGGUGAAAGGAGUGACAAUGACAAACACGUCCACCUUGGGAACCAGGAUCUGGGAUGUAGCUGACUACGUCAUCCCUCCCCAGGAGAAGAAUGCUGUGUUCAUCAUGACCAAUGUGAUAUUCACACUGAACCAGAGCCAAGGCCACUGCCCAGAGCUUCCAGAUGAUAACACAGAGUGCAACAAUAACAGCAGCUGCGUUCCAGGAUAUGUCAGCACCCACAGCAAUGGUAUCCAGACUGGGGCGUGCAUACCAUACAACAGCAGCAUCAAGACCUGUGAAGUCUUUGCAUGGUGCCCUGUGGAGGAUGACUAUCACAUACCCAAGCCGGCAUUCUUGCAAGGAGCUGAGAACUUCACCAUUCUGGUAAAGAACAACAUUUGGUAUCCCAAGUUCAACUUCAGCAAGCGAAACAUCCUCCCCACUUUCAGUUCCACUUACCUCAAGAACUGCAUCUACGAUGCUCAGACAGAUCCCUUCUGCCCUAUCUUUCGUCUGGGGAAAAUAGUUGAAGCUGCAGGGCAGAACUUCCAGGAAAUGGCUGUGGAGGGUGGGGUCAUGGGGCUGCAGAUCAACUGGAACUGCAACCUCGACAGAGCUGCUUCCCACUGCGUGCCCAAGUAUUCCUUCCGGCGCCUGGACAACAAGGACUCUGCCAACACUGUCUCACCCGGGUACAACUUCAGGUUUGCAAAAUACUACAAGGACAGCAGUGGCAUUGAAACACGAACACUUAUCAAAGCUUAUGGCAUCCGCCUUGAUAUCAUUGUGUUUGGAAAGGCAGGAAAAUUUGAUGUAAUUCCUACAAUGAUUAACAUUGGCUCUGGCUUAGCGCUGUUUGGAGUGGCAACAGUGCUAUGUGACAUCGUUGUCCUGUACUGCAUGAAAAAGAGAUACUACUAUCGAGAGAAGAAGUACAAAUACGUGGAGGAUUAUGAACUGCAGGGCACAAGUGAGACGUACGGAACGGAUUCCUGACCUCCUGCUGCUGCUGCACCAACUGGACGUGAAGGGAUGCUGUGAAUGUAACCCUGCUGUGAGACCUACCCCUCCUUUAGAAGGAAGGGGUAACAGAACCUAAGAAAGGAACCUUCUUCAUUACUCAUCACCUUUUGCUGGCCAGAACCAAAGAGGAGAACUGGAUCUGCUCCUUUCAGGUUAACUGCACCAAGCUCAUACAGAGCCUUGUGGCUUCAUGCCAGACAUCUUCACCAGCAGGCCUGGGCCAGGCUCUGCUCUGUCCUUGUCAUUUCAGCAGUCCUUUCCCUGAGCUCACUGCUAGCAGUGAUGAAGCCCUUAAAGAGGCACAGACUCUUCCUUACAGGGAACACGGCCCAUGACACGCAUUGCCUAACCCUGGAAGAGCAGUCUCUUGCUGUCAGGGAUCACAAUGCUUAGGUGAGACGACCUGCUAUUUCAUUGCAUCUCCAAGCUCUAGUGGCUACAGCCUAAGACAAAGCAGUGUCUGGUUCCAUUGUGCCAUGGUAAAUAACUUACUGGCUACAGGAUUUCUUUUCUGUUUUGUCUGGCCAAUGCCACUAUGCUAGAAUUUAUUUUUCAUAAAAUGUUACUCUCUACCAGCUCUCCUGGAGUACUGCAAGCUAGGUUUGGGUUGCUUUAUUUCACUCUUGAUUUGUUUGCUGCUGCUUUGAGGACCGAGUUGAGGACCAAGUCCUCUCUCCAGGCUGUGCACAGAAAUGGCUCGGUGUGAAAUCCACUGUGGUCUUAACCAUGCCCAGCAAACACCACACUGCAGUAACAGAGGAGGGUGCUUUCAGACUCGUCUUCCAGCAAGCAAAAUCUCAUAGCUUUGAUAAAAACCAAUCAAACAUGAUAACGGUUCCCCCUGAUUAACUAACUGGGGUUUGGUGGCACAUCAUUUAUUUCAGCUCAUACAGAGAAGCUUGAACAGCUGUGUGGAAAAACACUUAGUUGUUUUCUUCUUAGAUAAUAUAAUUUAAAAGUGGUAAAUACACAGUAUUUAAACUUGAUACACCUGAUUAAGUUAAAUGCAUAAUAAAGGGGUAGGAAUGAAACACAAGCCUUGGUCAUUAAACAGUAUAAAAAUCUGCAAUAGUUCAGGACUCUAGAAAAGAAACAGAUCAGUUGCCUGACAAGUAAGAGGGGACCACCAAAAAAACCCCAAACCACUCAGGACAAGAGGCCUGGUUUCCCCCUAGCACUUUCCUGUGUGCUUUCUGAGCCAAAAAGGCUGAGUACCCAGCAUUAACUCUACAGUCAGCACUGGGCUUGCUUGAAAGGAGGGAAAUUGGGGAAAUCAAGCUGUAACCCAGUUCCAAGGCACAAGCAAAAUAUUUACUUCACUGUAAGAAAGAAGCUAGCUUUACUACUAAAGAACAGCAGACAGGGAACCAAGCAGAUUUAUAUACACAGUACAGCUUCUUUAACAGGUCAUGCAUUUAGACAUAGCUUCCUCACACAUCCAAGCUUUAUGCUUCCAACAAAAUGCAUCAACUAGAAAAUCUACAUCAAGUUUCUUUUAGAACCAUGCAUUUGGCUGCAGCCCUACCAGAGCACCAAGAGCCAAGCCUUUGGGAUCCAUAUGAACCAAGCCUGCACUGGCCAUAAGACACCAAUCUGUGCUAAUAUCUGAGUAACUGGGAUUGAGCACAGAGAAACUGGGACAGGUUAUUCUGUUCAGAAGCUGCAUUGCACCUGGCAAGGCCGUUCAGUAAAUUUAAACUGACUGCUAGGUACCUGCCACAUCACCAACUGGAGACACUCAGCACAGACCAUCACUACAGCUCACUCACCUUUAACAAAAACACACCAUGCACAUCACUAUGCACCAGUUACAAGUAAUCAGAUCCCUCCCUUCCCCACCCCCCUCCCUUUUUUUUGGCAGAAUAAGCCCAUUUACAAAGUACAGAACCAAACCACCUGCUCCCAGUCACUAUUUCCACAAAUAGAAAGUCCUGUUUAGAGAUGGGAGCAGGCAGCCUUAGCAGUGCUGGCACCCCAGUUACCUGUUUGGUUUUCCCAUAGCUGAAGCUGCAGGGCUUUGGCACAGCCUUGGACUAAGAAGGGAGGAAAACAGUGCGUGUCUUAUGGCUCCAAACUCCACAGUACUGCUCCUAUGCCACGAACCACAGGCACUGGCUUUGGAGAGGCCAGCUGCACCAUCUUUCAUUAAUUAUCUGCAGCCUAGGAUAAGCAUAGUUUCAGGUGAUCAGACUUAUGGGGGCAGUUCUGUAGGCACCUGUGCACUUGCUAAGACCACCUGAAUUUAAUGAGGACUCAUGAUAAGGAGGAAUUACUGAGCCAUAACCAUGGCCAGAAGCCUCAGUGCUGUGCUGCUGGCAGUGCCAAGAUCACGGAAGACAAGGGAACAGCCAUGUCCUAAAAGCCUACAGCAGCUAUGGCCAGCAACCAAAAACUUCCCUUUCCUAUAGUGCCUUCCUCCUCAGGGCAAAGAGCUCAGCCAUACCCCACAUCCUUGGGAUGCUUGAAUCCUCCCUCAUCCAGCACAACCCAUCAGUGAGGAAACUGAGACAAGGAGCCCAUCCAUCUCCUUCCCAGCUCCAUGACCCCCCAAACCAAAUGUAAUAGUGAGCCCCUUGCUCAGCCCAGCCCUGAUGCCACAGCUCACCUACACACUGUCCUUCUCCAGCUUUGAGACCUGGGGAGUGUGAGCCCAGAAGCCAGAGGCUCUCCCACCACAACAGAGAUUUUUUUGUUU